GACGUAUAAAAGUGGGGAAAAUAUCUGACAGAAAUAUCUGCCAGGGUUUUCCCGAAGUCAAGAGUAAUAUCAGAAGAUUCAUAGAAUCAUAAAGGCUUACAUUUGGCACCUGUGAGAGAGCAUAUCCAAUAUGUCUGUCUCUGCAGUCUCAAUUUCCCAAUUUUCACUACCAAAAGCUUUCCAAGUUGAGGACCAUUUCACCGCAAUAAGCAAGCCCAUCUGGAGAUGGAGGAGGCAGGGAUGCCCUGCAAGCAGAUUCAGAUGUGGUAAGAGAGAGGCAUGGAAAAUGAAAGCAACAAACAUGGGAAAAAAUUACUAUGAAUUGCUUGGUGUUUCUGUUGAUUCGAAUGCGCAGAAAAUUAAACAGGCUUAUAGGAAUUUGCAGAAGAAGUACCACCCAGAUGUUGCAGGACAAGAGGGUCACGAGUAUACCCUCAAGCUGAAUGAAGCUUAUAAGGUUCUGAUGAGAGAGAAUCUAAGGAAAGAAUAUGAUGCUUCCAUUGGUGAAAUGAGAGGAAAUUACAGCUCAUCAAGCUUAGGUCGCACUUCUUCAUGGAAUGGACCUUUGAGACCCCAAGGUCUAUUUGUUGAUGAAAAUGCAUGCAUAGGUUGCAGAGAAUGCGUGCACCAUGCAAGUAGCACCUUCAUAUUUGAUGAGGCUCUCGGAUGUGCUAGGGUUAAACUUCAAUAUGGUGACGAUGAACAAAAGAUUGAGGUAUCAGUUGAUUCAUGCCCUGUGAACUGCAUUCAUUGGGUGGAGAAUGAAGAACUGCCAGUGCUUGAAUUCCUGAUUCAGCCUCAGCCAAAGGAAGGGUUUGGGAUAUUCGGAGGAGGCUGGGAAAGACCUGCAAAUGUUUUCAUGGCUGCUAAAUCAUUCAAUAAACAAACUCACAAUGAAAACCAUGGAAGAAAUUCACGUGCGUCGACUGUUGAAGAAGAAGAAACCCCUGCUCAAGCCAAGGCUCGAGCUGACGCAAGUAGGAAAAUAAACAUGGAAGCUGCAUCAGGAUUAUUCUCAAGAUUCUGGCAAUGGCAAAAUAAGCCUUUUUGGGGCGAAAAGGAGGAAUAAAAAGUAUAGAAAUUAUAACUGCACUUAUAUACAUAUAUAGAUUACUACUACCAAUCUGUAUAAAUUAGUUUAUAUGGUAGAAACGAACCGGACAUGUACGUCUCAAAUUCUCAAGAGGGGAAUUGGUAUGUAAAUCAUAGAUUUCCAUCCACAUGCAUAAUAAUUUUCCAAUUUCUCCAA